UUGAUCAAGACUGUAACUCAGCUGGGAUUUGCUGUCCGAGCAGACAGGCCACUGUAAUUCAUGUAGCCACGGGGUUCUGCGCACCACUGCGCUGAACUCCUGUUACUAUUAAACCGUGCAGCAACUAACCUGGACAGCUCUGCAGACCGGUCGCUGCUUCACUCUCACACGGCUGCUUCAAAAUUCAUCACGCGAUUGUGGAUCGUCUGAACUCUUUUUUUUUUAAAUUUCUUUUCUUCUUCAUUUCAAAUCUUUACGGAUUUUUGAAAAAAAAAAAAACAAAAAAAAAAAAACAACCUGUUGGACUUGCAGCAUUUCGGUGUCUGCCCCGCUGCGAUAUGUGGUGGAUGCUGUUUCCCCGAUGGAUUUGGUUUCUUCUUGGACAAUGUUACACUAUAUUCCUCUACAUGGGCAGCUGCCGCGUGAGAGCAAUGCCACUGAUGUCCGCGGCGAAGGUGGUGUACUCUCACGCAGGUAUGUGCCCGAAUGACCUGAACCCCAACCUGUGGGUGGAUGCUAUGAGCACCUGCAUGCGCGAGUGUGAGUCUGACCAGGACUGUGAGACCUUUGAGAAGUGCUGCCCCAAUGUGUGUGGUAACAAGAGCUGUGUGGCAUCACGCUACAUAGACAUUAAGGGCAACAAGGGUCCGAUUGGAAUGCCAAAGGGAGCCAGCUGUGACAAGUUCAUGUGCUCCCAGCAAGGCUCCGAGUGCGACAUCUGGGACAGCCAGCCCGUUUGUAAGUGCCGAGACCGCUGUGAGAGAGAACCCCACUUCACGUGUGCGUCUGAUGGCAUGACUUAUUAUAACAAGUGCUACAUGGAUGCGGAGGCUUGUUCCAAGGGUAUCUCAAUCACUGAGGUCACCUGCAGGUAUCACUUGACAUGGCCCAACACCAGUCCAGUUCCUGCAGAGACCACCUUACAUCCCACCACCGCCCUCCAGACCACCAUCCCAACUGACAUUCAGCUCCCUGCCAUACACAGCGGACCCACCAGACAGACCGUUUUUGUCGGGGAGACCGCUAGUUUCUUGUGCGAAGUGUCUGGAAAGCCACAACCGGAAAUCACCUGGGAGAAACAGCUGAAAGGCAAAGAGAAUGUCGUAAUGAGACCGAAUCACGUACAAGGGAAUGUCGUGGUCACCAACAUCGGCCAGCUGGUGAUUUACAACGCCCAACUUCAGGAUGCUGGAAUCUAUACCUGCACGGCCAGAAAUGUUGGAGGGAGUGUGUCGUCACACUUUCCCUUGGCGGUCAUCAAGAGAGAGCCAAACGGAAAAAACGCAGAAGGAAACAAUACCAACCUGCCUUUUCCAGCUGCAGAGUGCCUCAAGAGUCCGGACACAGACGACUGUGGAGAAGAGAGCAUAAGCUGGUACUACGAGCCAAAGCGGAACAAUUGUUUCACCUUUACCUACAGUCAGUGUAAUAGGAACCAAAACCACUUCGACACCUAUGAAGCCUGUAUGCUGUCAUGUGGAGGAGAGCUGGCGGCACCCUGCAGCCUACCAAGCCUACAGGGUCCCUGCAAGGCCUAUGAGCCUCGCUGGGCGUAUAGCAACACCCUCAAGAAGUGCCAGUCCUUUGUGUAUGGAGGCUGCGGUGGCAAUGAGAACAACUUUGAGUCCAAAGAGGCCUGUGAGGAGAUGUGUCCUUUUCCAAAAAACCACAACUGCAAGAUAUGCAAACCCCGAGGCAAGAUGGUCACCAGUUUCUGCAAGAGUGAUUUUGUGAUCCUUGGGCGUGUGACCGAGCUGACGGAGGAGCAAGAGUCUGGCCAUGCUUUGGUGACAGUGGAGGAGAUCUUGAAGGAUGAGAAAAUGGGCCUGAGGUUCUUUGGCAAGGAACCACUAGAGAUGACUCUUCUGAACAUGGACUGGAACUGCCCCUGCCCCAAUAUCACCGUAGCUGAAGGGCAGCUCAUCAUCAUGGGGGACGUUCACAACGGGAUGGCCGUCCUGCAGCCCGACAGCUUCGUGGGCUCCUCCAGCACCCGCAGGAUCCGGAAGCUGCGCGAGGUUGUCCAGAAGAAAACCUGUGAUUUCCUCAAAGAUUUCUCUGCAGCCCAGUAAACUCUCGUACUCACGAAAAGUCAGCCAGACUCCGUCAGUUUCAGAAAACUCCGGCAACCUCACUAUUCAGGAACACCAAACUAACUCAUCAGUAUUGUUGGAAACUUACUCACGAAAAAGUCAGCAAGACUCCGUCAGUUUCAGAAAACUCCGGCAACCUCACUAUUCAGGAACACCAAACUAACUCAUCAGUAUUGUUGGAAACUUACUCACGAAAAAGUCAGCAAGACUCCGUCAGUUUCAGAAAACUCCGGCAACCUCACUAUUCAGGAACACCAAAAUAACUCAUCAGUAUUGUUGGAAACUUUGCUGUCUGUUUCACAGGGGUUUUGUUUUCAAUCCUCUCAUGUUUCGUACAACACUCACAAGCUCUCAGAAGAACUUUUUGUCAAAAAAGUGUAUAUCCUAUGCUAAUUAUUUAAUAUUAUUUUUCCUCUAUAAAAUGUUACCUUGAAUACACUAAUAUUCAUUUAGCUAUGUGUUCUAAUAUUAUUAGUAUGUGCUUAAUAUUGUGAUGUACAUCUCAAAGUUGACGCGUGUGACAAGUGUCCCGAGCACUUGAGCUCACAGCAAAGCAAUGUGACGCCUCAGUUUGUCUACCAGAAUCAAAUAAGCUCUUUGGUUCCACUUUUUUGUGGAAUCUGUUUUCAUUUACAGUAAUGAAUAUGUAUGUGGACUUAUUGUAUUUCAUAUUUAUUUUUCUUUAUCUCUUCCUUAGGUCUUACCUAUAGACAGAAUGUAUCUCAGUGAAUCUAAUCAUAUGUUACAGGACAAACCUUUUUUUUCCCAUGAUAGCCUUAUAUCAUUUGAUGAAUAAAGAUGAUU